CAGCCUGCACAGUCGCUCAGUCCUCACCUGCCUUCCCUCUGCCUCAGCCUGCCACCCAUCUCCCCCAUUGUAACCUUUGUACUUAAUCCUACAAUUAACCCACUUUUUCCUUACCAUCUUGUUGUUUGUGUCCGUGUUUAGGGCCAGAAACAAAUGAGCCCUAAAACACUCCAUCUCAUAUACAUCUGAUUGAGCACAGCAGUGAUGUGGGAGGGGCUGAGCCAGUCAGGCAACGCUUUUAUUGUAUAUCUCCAGACAAAUGUCAGCAGGUAGAUGCAGAAAUCCAAUACGUCUUGGAAAAUAACAUUGCUGAACCAUGCUAUUCUAGCUGGGCUUCCCCUUGUCUGUUGGUGAAAAAGCUAGACAGUUUGUGAAGUCAUUUUGGUAACCAAGCCAGACUCUUAUCCACACUGGCAUAUUGAGGACUGGGCUAUGCUAGACUGGCUUGCUAAGAGGUUACUAGAAGGUUCCUUAAACACCUAGGACUAUUGAGAUAGCUUCUUUAAUUACACCCACUGGACUAUAUUCAUAUACCGUUAUGCUGUUUUGGUUAUGUAAUCCUCUGGCCACUUUCCAGCACCUGAUGAACAAAGUGGUGUCUGGUCUUGCUGGAUAUGCUGUGUAUUUGGACGAUCCUGUGAUCUUCGGUGAUACUCGGGAGAAUCAUCUUAAUCACAUACAGGCCCUGUUUGUUCAUUUGGCCUGGGCUCAUCUUACCAUUAACCUGAGCAUGAAGCACGGGACUGAAGAAGAAAUAAAAGCUGGGGCGGUGGACAUUAGCAGCAGCAACCCUUCAUACACCACCAAAGAAUGAGACUCUGGUGGACUUGACCAGAAUCUACAAGGCCCUCCCCCAGGCUCUGAAGAAGAAGGCAUCCAAGCUCUACACCGACCAGCCCCAACAUGAAAGCUGAGCGGUGUAUUUUUAAGAAUGUUUAAAGGCAGAUCUGACAGGGACCUGCACAUAAAGGCUGAAUGACGUCAGCAGUGGGUCCAGUUAGUAGAAAGACAGCAUCCCCUCCUCCCAUCUCUGCUGCUGCUGUUGGCCCUUCUGCAUAUAGGAGGACUUGACAUCCGUCUGUUUUCGAUUGACUUGCUCUUUUCGGGACUAACAUCAUGGGGAGACUAGAUGCGCUCCGGCAGUUUAAUUUGAUCAAAUGGCUCAGAGAGGAGAGACAGUCGAGGAAACUGAUUCUCUUCAUUGUUUUCGUCGCUCUGCUCCUGGACAACAUGCUCCUGACAGUAGUCGUUCCCAUAAUUCCCAGCUACCUGUACAAUCUGGAUGAGACAACAGACAUGGUGUUGAAGAACAACACCCUGUCACAGCAGGAUCCUCCAGGAGCCUUCCACAGAAUUGUGUCCUUAUAUGACAACACCGUGAGGUUGUCAGGCUCCAACGCUACAGCCCGUACUACUGAUCUGGUGCCUACAACCCCCGCUGCUGCAGAGCUGUCACAGAACUCCUCCGACUGCCCCCAGUCCACCAGCAGGCUGCUCAAUGAGAAUGUCAAAGUGGGAAUGCUGUUUGCAUCCAAGGCCACCGUACAGCUUAUUACCAACCCCUUUAUAGGGCCACUUACGAACAGAAUAGGAUACCAACUUCCCAUAUUUGCUGGCUUCUGUAUCAUGUUCCUCUCUACUAUCAUGUUUGCCUUCUCAUCGAGCUACACUCUGCUAUUUCUGGCCAGAUCGCUUCAAGGUGUGGGCUCCUCCUGCUCAUCUGUGGCUGGGAUGGGAAUGCUUGCUAGUGUGUACACAAAUGAUGAAGAGAGAGGUCAUGCCAUUGGGAUUGCCUUGGGAGGUCUGGCAUUGGGAGUGUUAGUUGGACCCCCAUUUGGCAGUGUGAUGUAUGAGUUUGUUGGGAAGACUGCUCCUUUCCUUAUUCUGGCUUUCCUGGCUGUGUUUGAUGGAGCUCUGCAACUCUUUGUUCUUCAGCCCACCAAGGUUGAACCAGAGAGUCAGAAGGGGACCCCGCUGUUGACACUGAUGAAGGAUCCCUACAUUGUAAUCGCAGCUGGUGCCAUUUGUUUUGGAAACAUGGCCAUAGCCAUGAUGGAGCCAACACUGCCAAUCUGGAUGAUGGAGACCAUGUGUGCCAGGAAAUGGCAGCUAGGUGUCGCUUUCUUACCAGCAUCCAUCUCCUAUCUUAUUGGAACCAACAUCUUUGGAACGUUGGCACACAAGAUGGGGAGAUGGCUCUGUGCUCUUAUUGGGAUGAUGGUGGUUGGAAUCAGUGUAAUAUGUGUUCCAUUUGCUAGAGACAUCUAUGGUCUGAUUCUUCCAAACUUUGGUGUUGGCUUCGCUAUUGGCAUGGUGGAUUCCUCUAUGAUGCCUAUAAUGGGUUAUCUGGUGGACUUGCGGCAUGUGUCUGUUUAUGGAAGUGUGUAUGCCAUUGCUGAUGUGGCUUUCUGCAUGGGAUUUGCUUUAGGUCCAUCUAUUGGAGGAUCCAUAGCUGAGAGUAUUGGCUUCCCCUGGCUGAUGACCAUAAUUGGAGUAGUGGAUAUUUUCUUUGCUCCACUUUGUGUCUUUCUCAGGAAUCCACCAGGACAAGAAGAGAAAAUUGCAAUUUUGAUGGACGCCAACUGUUCAAUGAAGAUGAUGUCCUACUCCACACAAGGGACGUACUAUCAGGGUGAAAACACGGAUCCAGAAUAUGAUGAUUAUGAUUAACAGCACACCAGCGAUGCAGGUUAAUCCUUCAGAGGAUUUAUUUUGUUGUACAAAAAAAAGGGAACACAGAAGAAAAAAAAUAGCAAUGAAACAACAGCCAAGAUAUUUCCUUGUGAAUGUCCUGCGUUCAGUCUUCACUGUUCAGUGUCUUCUUAGCAGUUGUACUGGAGCAAACCAAAGUUGUUCUUGAUCUGUCAUUGCAAGCGCAUUGUGUGAGAGAUAUUUUUUUAGCCAACAGCCUUAUUCAAUAGAGAUGUGUCAUAAAGCACUUUGUAGACAGUAGGAGGGUGCUUUGAAUUUGGUGUGCAAAUUGGUGGUAUAUUGGGUAAUUGUGUGAUAUGUCAAGAAACUGUUGUUUGUGUAAAAUCCAUGGCAAUUUGUUGGUCCAGUGUAUGGUUCUUGUUUGCAUUGAUACAGUUCCAAAAGUGUAUACAUAAGACUCCUCAAACCCAACUGUUCUGGCUCAACUGUGUUGGGAAGUCAACACAUUUCAGCUGCUUAAGAAAAAGAUGGGGAAUAUAUUCUAAAAAAGAAUAUAGAUAGAGAUAAAGAUACAUGAUAUACAAUUUUUGCAUUUUGGCAACUUCAGAGAGAAAGAUAAUUUUAAGCUGCAGUUCGUAAUAUGUACCAGCAAAUUCUAUUAAAUAAAGAAAACAGGUAUAUAUUCACAGCACUAAGUUCAUCAGUACAACAAUAGAGUCGUGUCAUACCCACCAAUCUGCUGCUCUGAGUGUCUGUUUUUAACAGAAAUACUGCUGAUAUUCACUCAUUGAGUCCAGUCACUUCCACUUUGAUGUUUUCUCAAUCGAUGUUAAGCUACAAAGAAUGAGACUCAGUGCUUUGUGCAGAUUUUUCACAUUCCCUUUAUUCACUUUAUUCUUAGGCUUGUAAUACUACCAAUGUGAAGCGUCAAGUUUGAUUGACAAUAGCUUAACAUCUGUGUGGAAAAGGUAGAAAGGCUACAAUUAAUUGGUGAAUCAUGUGAGUUUUGUAGUAGGGGACAGGUAAUUAAAUCCCUCUUAAAUGUCUUUUUUUUAACUCCUAAAGCCUUUAUUAGUGACCAGCCUUUAUUUGGUCAUAAGGCAAUUGUUUGAAUACCAGCUUUGAGACUUUACAAUUAUGUCCAGGUGGAGUAUCAUUAAAAAAAACUUAUAUUUAAUAUAUGAAAUAUCAUAUUUCCAAUCGAUACUGCUGUUGAGAGAUAAACCGUAUGCCCUGUUUCCAUGAAAAGCAUCAAAUUGUACCCACACUUCUGGAAGAAACACAUUUCACACCACACUAACACUUGUACUUUACUAAAGAAAUUUACAAUUAAGAAAUGCAAGAAUGUACACAGUGUUUUCACACCUAGUUAGUUUUGGAUGUGGCUGAUUUAGAUAAAUUGAUAGCUUCCACACAAUCUUUCACAAUAACUCCAUCUUUCUUUACUGUAGGCCUCUCAUACCAACUUAUGUACGUAUUUUGGCUUUGAUAUCAAAAUAAACUAUAACACUUCAUAAACAGACAUUCAUCGAAUGUAGCAUUAUGUUUGGAUGAAGUGUCAUAGCUGUUUGAAAACCAUGUCUCUUUUGGGGAGCAAUUUAUAUUCCAGCUCUCCAUUCGCCCAAAAGUCUGCAUUGUCAAGAUGGUUUGCUAUUGGUCAAUGAAGUGAAUUUGUGUAUCAAAGUUCUCCACAAUUAAACCUGAAGCAAAAGAUUUGCACAGAUUUCAUAUAUCUGUGUGAAAGAAUGCAAUGAUUGCAGUGAUUCCAUUCUAAUUUACUGAUUUUGCUUUCGAAAUGUUGUGGUUUUAAAUGAGGGGCUGACUGGGCCUUGAUAGCAAACUGCUGUUGUAUUGCAAUCUGUGGAUUAAAACCCUUGGCCACACCUUAAUCAGUGAUGUCACUUUAAGUCACAUUUUAAUCAGCUGUCAAAGUUUUGGUUCACAA